CCAGCGGUUGGAACGCUUCGGUUGAGUGUGAGUUCGCUGUGGGUAACAAACGGAAGAUUGCGGCGAUGUGGAACUUCUUCAUCCAGGUCUAGAGAGUGUGAGUGUUGUUUCGGUAGCCCGCUGGGACCGGUUGUGCAUUGUGUGCGCUGUGUGGAGGAAUAGUGCGAUACGGCCUGGAUUGCUUCAAUUCGAGCCUCUAUCGAGACCCGCGUUUAGGGAAGACCUCCGCCACCUGCACUCCCCGUCGUGUGUGGAAGGCUUUCACUCGUGUCCGGUUUGUGCAUUUUUUUUGUGUUCCGUCUGCGAAUGUGUAGGUGUGUGUGCAUGUUUUUGUUGUGAAGGGGACCAAGAUUUCGCGGAAACAGGAAUCCUUCCCUGCGUUCUCUGUUUACAUCCCGCUGUUUGAUUGUGGGAUUCUGUUGUGGAAGAAGAAGGAGGAGAAGGAGAUACGCUUGAUUCUCGAUCAAUGAUGCGAAAGUGUUAGUGGUGGUUAUAGAAAAGUAGGAAGAAAUUCGGAUGAAUUAGAAACGCCGCAAGGUGAUAACUGUGAGGAAGAGUGUGUUUCGAGGAAAUAGAUGAAAAAACCCCAAUGUGAUUCGUGUUGAAAUUUUUGCAUUACUCGUGCUACAUAACUUUGCGCGGUGAAGUAAGGAGAACAUGUGCUAAAAUAAACAUUAAUUCACCCGGUGAAGCAACCGUUACGUAGGAAAACGGUGCAGCUUGAAUUAUUUAACCUUCGUAAUUGGAGCCAUACUUUUGUACGGCAGCUGCCCACACUUUGGAUUAUCUUUCGACGUUCGAUCUGGACAUUAUCCGCUGGAUUACACAUCCCAGCUCGACGAUCUCUCGACCAGCUCUCGAAUCGACGGUUGGCUGCUGCAAAACAGAAAUACAUCGACGGAAGAAGCAAUCGAAACGCAAAAGGUAAAUUAUUUGUUUGAUGCUUACGACAACAACACAUGAAACUGGGAGUGGCCAUUGGCGAGCUGGUACAGUUACAGGGCAUGCUGGAAGCUUAGAGUGUGCAACUUAAUCAUUAAACGCUACGGUGUCAGAGCAAUUAGGUUCCCAGGGAUAUCGCAUCAAUCACCAGAAGCCUGUGGUCACCAAACACUUCUUGCUCGCGACCGGCAGCAUCCACUGAUGAAGCGCUUUGUAAGAUGCACCCAGCGGUCAAAAGCGGCAGCUAAAGCGAUCAACAAGCGCAAAUAAAAAAAAAUCUCACCAAAGAACUGAGCCGCGUCGUUAGAAAAUCUUUUGUCGUAUCUCAACUGAUCACAUUGGAGUAACCAUCCAACGGCAAAGGGCGCAACAAGCGGAGCGGGCGGAAUGGUACAACAUAUCAGCUGUAUGUGUGGUGUUUUACAACGAAACGACUGACCUCCCAAAUUACAACAUACAAAUAUUGAAUCAUGAUACAUUGUGACACAGCGGUUGCGCCGAUUUCAGUGUGAAGUGAAGUGUGCAUCAACCAAUCCCCUUGCUAGCAAAUAUUUAGCGGCUUAGCCGAGUGCGAAUUCACUUAUGAGUGCAUUUAUUGAGAGUGCAAGUGAUAACACAGUGAACCAAUUUUUGUAGGCACCUCCCUAUAAUUGUACGGGGUGAUUUUUUUUUUGUAGUUUGAUAUUCAGGCGAGAAUUGGCGUGUGGAAUUGAAAAAGAAUAUAGUGAGUAGUGAGUGCAAAGCAAUCAAUUAGCAACGAUGAAUUUACGACAUCAGGAAACGUUUUUUAUCGUACUUUGGAUAAGUGCCAUCAGUAUUAUCUUCGGCCAGCAGGACUUCCAGUUCGCCAGCGAACGAGAAGAAGAAGUGCAGCCGAUGCUAGCAGAACCACUGGACACGCUUAGUAAAGCACAGCCCAUCAAAUCGAUUUACUCGAAGGAAAAAGCCCAAUGUCCCGCCUCGCAGAGCAGGAUUAUGCUGUCGCUGGUGCUCCGCUCGCACAGCUGGGAUGACAUCGUCGAAAAGAAGCGCCAGAAAGCCAUCAACAAGCUGUCCAAGUUCUUCCUGAUACCGAAGGAAAACUUCGUCAUCGACGAUGUCAACCGGGUGGGGAUGCACGAGAUGUCGGCAAAUGCGAUGCGCCGGGGACGGAAUAAUUUGGUCAACGCCAAGCGGAAGCUGGGCCGGAUUGGAUUUCUGAUUGGUUGUGGAAAAACGAUUUUUCCAACCGAAAAAUUGAUUGCCAAUAACAUUGCGCAGCAAAUGAAGGAGAAAGCUCUGGAUGACAUUUCCGGGCUAGAUUUCGGCUGGUGGUCAAUAUGGACCAAACCCGAGGAAAGUGCGCAUCCCAGAAGGGUGAAGCGGCAGCAGAAUAAUAACGAUCCGGAUGACUAUGACAACGAAGACGAUGAUUAUGACUAUAAUUACGAUGAUGAGGACGAAGCCGAACCUACUGAAGUCCCCCAACAUGCCCACCGACAUCAUCAUGGCGACAGCUCGGUGUCGCACCCGAGCGAAAACAUUACUCCCACUAACAGUGAAAACCCUAGCAGCAAUAAACACAGUACUAACAGCGCCAAAUCGGGGACCGCCGUGGGUGGCAAAGCACGGAAGCACCACGGGGAGGAGGUGGUGGUGAUGGGAUCGCAUGUGAACGAUAGGGACAAUCUGAUAGUGCCUGCUGGGGUGCUGGAUAGAGUAACCAUCGCCAAAAAGAGGAACAACGACGGCGCGAAGGUUGAACUGACUCAGACCGAAUCAAACGACCAGCUCGAUGUCACCCAGGCGGACAUCCGGGAAAGUGUUUCCCAGCUGGAGUCAACCAUAACCAAGACAAUCGAGAACAAUGAGCAGUUGAAAAAGGAGGAGGAAAGCCUGCUGGCAAAGAAGGUCUACAAACACAAAAACAUCGACAUCGAGCGAAUCGUGGAGACGGAACUAAUGAUGCCGGAUAUUGAAGGACUGAAAGGACGGGAUGUGUUCCGGGAUGAUUACAUGGUGGACGAUGUGGUGAUUGCAACGCCUACAACACGACCAAUUUCGACAACGACAAAAAUAUCGCCUGGCAGUACCACCAAUGCACCAACGAGUAAGAAGACCCCUGGAACGAUGAUGCCUCCAAUGGGUGAUAUGUUGACCAGUCCUAUUCCACUGUCGACGAGAAAAAGCAUCCCAAUGACGUCGACCACUCUCGCAACACCUGCGAUGACCGAUCGUGAAAACACCAUCACGGACCCUAGGAGCAGCACCACUCCUAGCAAACAACUCCAGCGCACCACCGAUGGGAAUUCCCCGCCCACAUCAAUCACUACCACUGAAUUCGCGACAUCCCCGACGACACUAGCGCGGACGAUAUUUACAACGGAAAGCGUCUCCUCGACUAUACCCAAAACCAGCACCACCCACCGAGCAACAGUCCGCAAUAGCCACGGUUCCCCCAAAGUGGUCACAACAAACACCCCCGUAACCGUAACAUCAUCAUCAUCAUCAUCUCCAGCACUAACUACUUCCGCUGUCGUGAGGGAAGAGGAGCACAUAAUCAUCUCCACCGCCGCCACUAACACGCGCUCCACUAAUAACAAUAAGCUUCUCAACUAUGUUGCUGCCCCUCCAUCCGACGAGAUGAAGACGACCGACCAGGAGGAGGACUUACCAUCGCCGACGGCAGCAUCGAGUUCCGCUACAGCUCCGUCUAUCAUAUCGAUAUCAUCCACCUCGGCUGCGACCUUCUCAACUGACAAUAGUCAUGCUACUGCUACGAGUGUUGGAAGCAUUGUCGCCACUACAACUUCCGUCAAUCAUGCCAUUCUGUCCGGUGAGGAAGAGGAAGACGAAGAGGAUGAAGAUGAGUACGAGGAUACGGUCAUAAUUACAGAACUGCCCAACUCGGUGGCACCGACCGUUGCAUUGACCACAACAGGGCUGCCAACAACGAUAACGACAUCUAGCCCACUGCCGAUGGAGAUCGAACCUGCUAGCACCACGAUCGCGGUCGUCGCUUCUAGUACCACUACGACCGAGGUGCCAUCACCAACACCACCACCAUCACAAGCAACAACCGCAACACCGCUUGAGCUCGAUACAGCGCCGCGUACGGUAUUGGUUGAAGCUACCACUACUAGUACUGCUGCUACGAAUAGCAACACUGCUACUACUACCACUACUACCAUUGCUACUUCUACUACUACUUCUGCUAUAGAACCAAAGAUCACAACGGAACCAACUGUGAACAGUGCCAGCAAGGGUUCUUCAGCGGAUGAGAAGGCCGAACCCAAAGAGGACACCUACGAGGAAAACUAUGACGAUGAGUACGAUGACGAGUUGGAGGAGGAACCGACGACCACCGCCCCGACGGGAAGACAAUCCGGAAGCAUUGUACCAGUGGUAGCCACUACAGAGUCCACAACGCCAGAGCCUACAACUACACCGGAACCAACCACCAUUUCAACUACAACGAUCACGAUCACAACGCCCACGACAACCCCUACAACCACCCCAUCCACAACGACAACCACAACAACAACCACAACGACCACAACAACGACAACUCAAGCUCCUACGACUACCAGCACCAGCACCACCACCACCACAACCACCCAACCGACCACAACCGAACUCGACGAACCGACCAACCUGUUCCCUAUCAUUAAGAACCGCAUCCCCAAACAGGCAAUCAUUGCCGGGAAGGUAUUCAGCCUGCUCGUACCGCUGGAAACCUUCCACGACACCGAGGAUGGUAACAACCUCCGCCUGGAACUGUUCGACGGUCAUGGUUUCCCGCUGAAGAACAACUCCUGGAUGCAGUUCAACGUGGAAACGCGGGAAAUCUACGGUCUCCCGCUGGAGAAGGACGUUUCCAAGUGGCACUACAUUCUGCAGGCCACCGAUUCGGGUGAAAAUUCAGUGAACGAAACGGUAGAUGUUUCCGUUCAGCAGCACAAAUCCCAUCGCAGUGUUAAUCAUGAAAUCAGCCUUGCGCUGCGAUUGCAGCGUAAGUUCACUCGUAACGUCGACUGGCAGAUCGAGGUGAUUCGUGGCAUUGCCAAAGUGCUGGGCGAUGCUUCUCUAACCAAUGUGGUCGUACGGGAAGUCCGUAACAGCAUCCAGGACCCAAAUUUGGCCACCUUCGUUUAUACCAAUGAAACGUUGCCGAAGGAUCGUUGCCCGGAAGAUAAACUCGAUGAAUUAGUCGCUCAGCUGACGGAGAAAGCUCUGAAUGAUGCCCUCAAUCCGGACAUCAUGGUCAAAUCGGUCCAAGGUCAACAGAUUGGACAGUGCUUGAAGCCUACAAUUCCCAGGGUUAAACCAACGCAGAGUAUCGCCACGAAGAAUUUCGCCCCGACCACGAGAAAUCAGGUCGAUCGAGUAAACGCCACCGUUGGUCAUCUGCUGGUCUACAAGGUUCCAGCGGAUACUUUCUACGAUCCCGAAGACGGAAACGAUCUCAAGCUGAAACUGCUGACAACCGAACGAAACCCGCUGGAUCAAUACCACUGGUUGCAGUUUGACUCGAAGAACCACGAGUUCUUUGGUAUCCCCCGAAGCCACGAUAUCGGCCAGAGAGAGUACCUGCUGAUGGCCGAAGAUCGUGAGGGCUUAACAGCGACCGAUGCGCUAGUAGUGGUUGUCCACCAGUCACACUACAAACGCGACUACAGCGUUCUGUUCGAGCUGACUCUGGACACCACGCACGAACAGUUCAACAUCGCGUCAGCCCAGAGGCGAUUCAUCGAACGACUCGCUCAGGUGUUUGGUGAUUCCAACACCAACUUCAUCCAGAUUCGAAACAUUCGCACAAUCCAUCACACCGGUCAGGUGCAGGUAACGUUCUUCAACACAACCCUCUACCGGCAGCAUCAGCGCUGCCCCAACGAGGAAAUCGAAGCGCUACGAAACAUUCUCCUGUACCCGGAUGGAACGAUCCGUGCCAAGGUGCGGGAGAUUCUGGGCCAGGAGUUCAGCCUGCAGAACGUAAGUUUGAUCCCGGUGGGAACCUGCCAGGACUACGACACACCAAUCCACGUGACGAACGAACCCGAGAAGGCGCUUCCACCCCCGAUCGCCAAGGACGACUAUCUGCUCACCUUCGUCCUGCCGGCGGUGAUAAUCCUCACGAUGCUGCUGAUUGCAUCGAUAAUCGCGUGCGUUCUCUACCGGCGGCGGCUCACCGGCAAAAUGGAACUUGAAUAUAUCAAUUUCCAACCUAUCACGUCCCAAUCCCACCAAGGUACCGACGAGGAGCGCAAGUCGUUCCGCUCCAAGGGCAUCCCGGUGAUAUUCCAGGACGAGCUGGACGAGAAGCCCGAAAUCGGCAACAAGUCGCCGGUCAUCCUGAAGGACGAGAAGCCACCGCUGCUACCGCCGUCCUACAGCAGCACCAACAAUGACGGCGAGAACGAGGACCUAGAUGAGUACGUUCCCCCGCCGGCAGUGGUCGUUGGCGGCCGCGAAUCCCGGGGCAAAUCGCCCGUGACCCCAUCCUACCGGAGGCCACCGCCGUACGUGUCUCCUUAGAAGCAAGCCCAUCGUAGUGCCGGCCCCAGAAGCAAUCAUCGCAGCAGCUAGACUACGAUAACGGUCGGGGGCGGCGGCGGUGGUGGCAGCAUGGCACUACGAAGCAGAAUGCGGCUUGAGCUUGAACUUUUUACUAAAUCACACUGAAUUAGACGCGUGCACGGAAGUGGAAGGAUACUACUGGCCUUCGAUUUGGAUACAGAUUGGAAGGGGAUCGUGGAAACUGAGAAGAAGGUAUGUGUUCGGUAUACAGGAAGAGUCCUCUAAGAGUUUCAGGGGAUUAUAGUUUUUUGUACCGCCAGCGGGGAAGGAGGGCAAAAAUCAUAUUUUUGUAGAGAGAAAAAAAAGUCAGGUCAGAGAAGGAGAUCAUUGUAAGGAAAGCAAGUUAUAGUCAUCCUACACUAAGAUAAGGAGUUAAUCAAUAUUGAAUUAUACAUAGCGGCAAGAAAAAACGGAAGUUGGCUUAGCUAGUAAGGUGUGUAUUUUACCAAACGCAUUGUGACCCCAAGAUUAUUUUUUUUCAUUUGUUCUAAAAAUAACAAGCUGAACAAUCUUUUGAUAUCGAGAGUUAGAAAAGACUUUCCUUUUCUACCCCCCGUUUUUCGAACCUCAAAUUUUACGGUUCCGAACGAGGGAUGCGCACAAUCAAAUUUUAUAGUUUUUCCUUUAUAUCUCUAACACAAACAUGCAGCAAAUUGAGCCCGAACAGUAUAAGAGCUUAAAAUGAUAGAAGAAUAUUUUUAGUUUCUCUAAAAAAUACAAAUCACUCGACUAGUAAAUGGAUAUUAAUCACGUGUAAACGCGCAUUAAAUUGGAUUUUUCUCGUGAAUAUUUAGGCUAAAUUUACUCGAAUUAGAAAUGCCGAUAGGAUGUGUUAACAAGGAAGCGAUAAUUUAUAAACUUGUAAUUUUAUAAAUUGCAAGCAUUAAUAGUGGAUAAAAUUUAGAGGCACAAGCAAGCAAAAGCAAAGAAUUGAAAAUAAAAAAAGCGAUGAAUUGGAACACUAUCAAUCUAUGGGCCAAGUUAGACAAAUCGAAACUCUCGAUUCUAUCGUAAGAAGAAAAAAUAACUUUUCUACCAAUUAUUGAAUUCGGCAGCUUUCCUAAACAUUGCUACAAUCGAUGAACCACUCAUUUUAUAUCUGCCAUAAUCAAUGGAUUUUGUCUGUGUGAUUCAUUUAUCACUUUAUUUUUAAUAAACGAUAAUGAAAGGUACACACAACCAAAAAAGUAAAAUAGUUUUGAAGAGUUAUCGAACACGGACAAACAACUGCCAUAUUAUGAGAUAGAAAGAGUAGUGACAAGUGAACGUGUUUUUUUUUAUAUUUCAAAGCUGCAUUUUUGUCCAUCCUUCCAUCCAGCCAACUGGAAGAAGAAGUAUAUAUUGUACAACAGAUGCGAAAGAAAGGUCCCUAGGACUACGACUCUUCGUCCAUACAACGCAAAAAAAACGAGGAUUUGAUACAAUCACAAAAAAAACAACGAUUUCCACUUAAGAGAGGAGCAGACCGAAAAUAAAACAUUCAAAAGAACCAUUCGUAUUUGGAAAUGUGUGAGCAAAGAUGAAUAUCAAAGAUUAUCUAUCACUCGACAAUUAUUGUUUUACCGUUUGUAAAUUAUUUCUAUUGAGAGAAAAAAAGGGCAAUUCGCUAAGUUUAAUUGGACUUAUUUAAGUGUAGCGUAUACAUAUUUUAAAUCAUAAUGGGAAACAGUACUAGAAAGAGAAAAAUGGCGAAAAUCGUAAUCUGCAUUACUAGGCGAUAGUUGUGUAAGAUAGACUUUGUAAGCGACCAAUUAUUACGACGAGAAACUCUUUCAUCAUUUAUUUAAACGAGAGAAAAUCUAAAACAACACACGCAAACGCAAAUAUUGUACAGAAUUUUUAAUCCGUAGAAGCAUAAAGCUAAACUUAAACAAAAAUGCAACGUACUUUAAGUAUACCGCGAUAAUCGAAUUCAACCCCGCACUAACUAAUCGAAGAUUCUCUCCCAACCAAUUCUCCUACGCAAGCAAAGUAGAAACUUUGUUGGACGAGAAUUGAAACUCUUUCUCCCUCGGACCAUCGCAUCACCCAUGAAAAUGAUGAUGAUGAUGAUGUAAAACAAACAAAUGUGGACUGAAAUGCACAAUAGCCGGACAAAUAAAAAACCUGAUCAGUUCUUUUUACCACUUUAAAACAGUAUAAAUAUACUCAAGCACUGAUAGAAACAAUUACACAAACGCACCGAAAUGGAAACAAACAUAAAACAAAUGUGUCUCUUGAGGCAAAAAAAAACAAGAGGGAACUAGUAGUAGCAGGCAAGAGUCCUACGAAUUAUUGUGUAUGAUAAAUAAAUCCAGUAGAACCCCAAAUAACGCAAGAAUAAGUAAGAACAGAACACAAAACUCAAAUCAGAAUCAGAGAUGUAACAGGAAGAACUAUGCACAGACGGGCUGCUGAAGCGGUUGCUGAAAUCAAAUAAGCAUGAAAAAAGAUAACCAAAUUGUACAUUUUUAAUAAAAAAGUAUAAAAAAAGA